GAGUUGGCAACAUUGUGCCAGCCACGUAAGAUUGACAAUGACGUUUGUGAAAAUGAUUAUUUCUGUCCAAAAAGAUUAUUCAGAAAAAAUGUACAGUGCACUAAUUUUUAACUGAUAUUUUUAAUAGGAAAUUAUUUAUUUAAUACAUAAUUUCAAUGUCAUCAUGGCUGACAGAAACGUUAAUGGAAUUUCACCGAACCCUGAAACCCUAAAACACAAUGCUAUAUACGAGGAAAAACUACAUCAACAAUUUAAUGGGGUCCAUUCAUCACAAUCAUCAAGGAGUUCAUCACCUGGUACACGCCUCGGAUAUGUACCCCCUUCUCAGCUGCCUCCAAGUAGGCCUAUCCCUCAAUCUCAACUUCCUCCUUCCCGAUCUGCGCCGGGAAAUAUAACUCAACAAUUCGGGGCAUUAAACCUUAACCAAAAUGCUCCCAGACAUAGUCCACAAUUCGGAGCUCCUGCAACUCAACCCACUAGUUCCAGCCCCUACACAAUUCCUCCUUUUAGUCAAGUCAGUAAGGAAAGUAUAAAUAGUCAAUCAUCUGCUAUCUUACCGCCAACUUCAAAUACUUCGAGUACAGUAACUUCGUCGCAAAUGUCUACACCUCUUCAACAAGGACCAUUCAGUGCUCAACCUACAAGUGGUUUUCAGAAACCUGAUCCAUUUCAAGCAAUUAAACCAGCACAAACCAAUAAUACUCAGCCGACUUCUAAUGUAAAUAAUCAACCAUCGCAAAAUCCAAUGCAAUUUAAUCAGAACUCUCCUAAUGUCAGGCUUCAACCUAACCAAGUACCAGUGCAAAAUAAUAUGGGCGUUCCAACUAAUUCAAACAUGCCUAGGAUAAGCCCGGUUCCACCUCAACAGAACUUUCAACCUAGUCCUAAUAGAUCAGCUUUUGGUCCAAUACCACCGCCUGGAAUACAGAAUCCGAUAGUUAGUCAAAUUAGUCCAAACAGGACAGGUUUAGUUCAGGGACCACCGUUACAAACACAAUACAGAGCUCCUAAUCAAAUUCCUGGGCCACCGCCACAAGCUGGUGUACUUCAAGCAAACCAGCAAAGGUCAUACCAAGCAUCCCCAAUUCAACAAAAUAAUAACCAAAGAUUUAACAAUGCUAUUGCUACCCAAAAUAUCAAUAAUGGUCCAACUAUGAACGCAAAUUUUCCUCCACAAGCUGCACCUUCUAACUACCCACAAAUGAAUAGUGCACCACCGCCCCAAACAAACGUGGCACCGAAAACGAAUGUACAUUCAAACAGGUAUCCUACGAUGCAGUCAAACAGCUACCAACAACCCGCCCCAUCUCAAUAUCAGCAACAGCCACCUUCUGGCCAGUAUCAGUAUCAACAACCAAUGCAACAACCAGUACAACAACCAAUGAAUUCGUAUCCAAGUCAAAAUAAUCAGCAGUCUCCUUACCAAGGAGUAGUAAAUACUGGCUUUAAUAAAUUAUGGGGUAUGGAACAGUUUGACCUUCUUCAAACUCCAAAUAUAUUGCAACCAUCGAAAGUCGAAGCUCCUCAAAUUCGUUUGGGCCAAGACUUGUUGGAUCAAGCCAAUUGCAGCCCAGACGUGUUUCGUUGCACUAUGACGAAAAUUCCAGAAAAUAAUUCUCUUUUACAGAAGUCGAGAUUGCCUUUAGGGGUGUUAAUUCAUCCGUUUAGGGAUCUUUCUCAUUUACCUGUAAUUCAGUGCAGUGUAAUAGUUAGGUGUAGAGCGUGUCGCACCUAUAUAAAUCCCUUUGUCCUUUUUGUUGAUAAUAAACGCUGGAAGUGCAAUUUGUGCUAUAGAAUCAACGAGUUACCCGAAGAAUUUCAGUACGAUCCGAUGACGAAAACGUACGGAGACCCUUCUAGAAGACCAGAGAUUAAAUCCAGCACUUUGGAAUACAUUGCACCUGCUGAAUAUAUGUUGAGGCCACCCCAGCCUGCAGUAUACCUUUAUUUACUGGACGUAUCUCGAUUGGCAAUGGAAAGUGGUUAUUUGAAUAUUGUAUGUAGUAUUUUAUUGGAAGAAUUGAAGAAUUUGCCUGGAGAUGCAAGAACGCAAAUUGGAUUUAUUGCUUAUAACUCUGCUCUACAUUUUUAUUCUUUGCCAGAGGGUAUCACCCAACCACACGAGAUGACAAUUCUCGACAUAGACGAUAUAUUCCUCCCUACACCCGAUAAUUUAUUAGUCAAUUUAAAGGAUAGAAUGGACUUAAUAGCAGACCUUUUGAGGCUCUUACCGAACAGAUUUGCCAACACAUUUGACACCAACUCUGCUCUUGGUGCUGCAUUGCAAGUUGCAUUCAAGAUGAUGGGUGCAACAGGUGGUAGAGUUACUGUAUUCCAAGCAUCACUGCCAAACAUCGGACCUGGAGCGCUUAUCUCAAGAGAAGAUCCAUCCAAUAGAGCAUCAGCCGAAGUUGCGCAUCUAAACCCUGCUAACGAUUUCUAUAAACGCUUGGCGUUGGAGUGCAGCGGUCAGCAGAUUGCAGUCGAUCUGUUCGUAGUAAACUCUCAGUAUGUAGAUAUAGCUACUAUUUCAGGAAUUAGCAGAUUCAGCGGGGGUUGUAUGCAUCACUUCCCUUUACUCAAACCUACAAAGCCAGUAGUCUGUGAUCGUUUUGCUAGAUCUUUUAGGAGGUAUAUCACCAGGAAAAUUGGUUUUGAGGCCGUGAUGAGAUUGAGGUGUACAAGAGGACUUUCUAUUCAUACCUUCCACGGUAAUUUCUUCGUUCGAUCGACAGAUUUACUAUCUUUGCCUAACAUUAAUCCCGAUGCAGGGUUUGGCAUGCAAGUUGCUAUCGAAGAGAGUUUAUCCGAUGUUCAGACUGUAUGUUUCCAGGCAGCAUUACUAUACACGUCGAGCAAAGGCGAAAGAAGAAUAAGAGUUCAUACGAUGUGCUUGCCGGUGGCUACGACUAUACAAGACGUCAUCCACUCUGCCGACCAGCAAUGCAUCAUAGGCUUAUUGUCAAAAAUGGCUGUUGAUAGAUCGAUGCAAUCUAGUCUUUCAGAUGCCCGCGAGGCGUUUAUCAACGUAGCAAUAGAUAUUCUAUCGAGUUUUAAAAUGAGUCUGAACAUGGGUAGUCCCGUAACGGGUCUGUUAGUGCCGAAUUGUAUGCGAAUAUUGCCUUUGUAUAUAUCAGCUCUUCUUAAACAUUUAGCGUUUAGAACAGGUAGUUCUACUAGGUUAGAUGACAGAGUAAUGAAAAUGAUAGAGAUGAAAACGAAACCAUUGUACAUGCUCAUACAGGAUAUAUACCCCGAUCUGUUCCCCAUCCAUAAUUUAGAACACCAAGAAGUGAUCAUGAAUUCUGAAGAGGAACCAGUUUCUAUGCCACCUAGGUUACAACUCACCGCCAGAUGUCUGGAGAAUAAAGGUGCGUUUUUGCUGGAUACGGGCGAGCAUAUGAUCAUCCUAGUUUGUCCAAAUGUGCCACAAGAAUUUUUAACCGAAGCUCUGGGAGUUUCCCAAUAUAGCGCCAUUCCGGAUGAUAUGUAUGAAAUACCCGUGUUAGAUAAUCUUAGAAAUCAAAGACUUCAUCAAUUUAUUACAUAUUUAAAUGAGGAAAAGCCGUAUCCGGCCACGUUACAAGUGAUUAGAGACAAUAGUACGAAUAGAGUUGUAUUUUUCGAGAGAUUAAUAGAGGACCGAGUCGAAGAUGCACUUUCUUAUCACGAAUUUUUGCAACAUUUAAAAACUCAAGUGAAGUAAGGUUAAGUGUACAUUUAUUAUUUUUAUCUUUUUAUUUAAAUUGUGCAGAUUUAUUGCUUGUGCAAAGACCACUCCGAAAUUAUUUCCGUAUAAAAUAACUAGGUAUUUUACAGAUCCAGGAACGUCCAAUUAUAUGUUUGUAACUUCAGAGUAUGGUCAAACCACAGCCAUAUAAUACCCAAGACUGCGCGCUGUAAUAUAAAACCGUGCAGUCCUUACAUCACUUUUUAAUGAGCGGGGUUUAUCGACCACGUGACAAUCCCACUAGGGAUUGUUUAGUAGUUAGAAAGAGAUGCAAGGACUGCUCGCAAUCUGCUUUCUCUGUCGCAUUGGGGAAAUGGUUUUAAAUUACAGCGUGUAGUCUAAGUAUUAUAUGUCUAUGGGUGAAACAAUGUAUCCAGUGACAUGUUCCAUUUCAACUUAAACUUAACGACUAUAUUAAAUUUACAGUCAAGAUGCAAUAGAAAUAAACAAACCAAGACACGUUAAAUGCUACUAGGAGCACUCCCGAAUCAUAAUUUACAAUGUAUUGUUGUGGUUUGCUCAAAUGUAUGUUUCUAAUAUUUAUUUUGAAGAAAUUAAUAUGAUAUCUCAGGACUCUUUUACUAAUUAAAACAAAACGUGGCUUCAAAAGUAUUGUUUGCUAGUUGCUUUUGAGGAAAAAGGGAUAGACAAUAGGAAAAUAAAGUAAAAAUGAUAUUUUAAAAUCAAUCAAAUAUCAAAAGUAAAAAAUCUGAAUAAACAUGUACCAUAUACAACGAUUAGAAUAAUAAAAAUUUCAAUCAUCCAUCAAAUCAUACAUCCAAAAAUAUCAAUUUAAAUUAAUUAAACUUAUAUCCAAAUCAAAGAUUUCUUAAUUUUAGUGCUUCACAAUAAAUUAUCAUAUAUUUUAAUUCUCAAUAAAACCAACAAGACGAAUAACUCUAAUUUAAAUAGGUGGUCUUAAUUGAUAGUCUCUGUUUACUAAAAUGACGAAACUAACCUUUUGUCUCCAAAAUUGAUGACUUCCCCUCACUCUUCUUUGAAUGUGUCUUGUCCACCUUGCUCGUACUUUUCAGUUUCUCCGAAUACUCCUGCCAAUUCCUCUGCUCCAAAUCUUGACUACAUGAAUAAACCCCUUUCUCUCCAGACACAAGGAUAUCUCAACUAAUCGACUUAGUCCAGUAUCAAACUAUACAUCUGUUUAUUAUUUACAGCAUGUCAGUUAUUUCUUCUGUCUGCUACCACAGUUGGAACUCCUUCCACCACACACAAAUACAACUUUUCACAACUUAUACUUUUUUCAAAACUUGGCAAAUUAUCAACGUCGUCUCAGCAGAAACUGUAGUGCUCUCGCGCGGUAUUCAAUUCACAAUGCCCUCUCCUCUCCUGGCGAACUCCAUCCAAAAAUCAUUAAAUCUCCCACUUCGUUCUUUUCACCCAAUCACGACCUAUAUCUAUCCAAACAAAUUUUACUGUCUUCUCAAGAAAAAAAACAACUUUCUACUAUCUAAUAAUCCGUAAGUCAUUCUUAAACACAUAAUUGACCUUUUCAAUUUCUACGGAAAAAAGGAUAAUUACCUAUUCUCAAACGACCAUUUACUAAACCUACUCUUUUGUAUAAUCUUUUCAUUUGUUUCGUGGUAUGCCGUACAAUAGAAAGUUCAACGUCAAAUGUUUACAAAUAUCUAUCUAACUAAACAGUAGAAAAACCAAUAUAUUGUUUUAUUAUUUUCGGGGAAUGUCUUUAAACCGAAUACGAUUCACUAAUUCCGAAAAACACUUUCUUACUUCUAAUGCUUAAUAUACAAUAUACAGGGUGUUGCGAUUUCUGUUGGUCGGUGAUUUGAUUUUUGUCUUAAUAUUUUCUGUUUUAUUUUUGAAAAAUAUGGAAACCUUAAUAGUAUAUACAUUGUAAAUUAUGAUUCGGGAGUGCUCCUAGUAGCAUUUAACGUGUCUUGGUUUGUUUAUUUCCACUGCAUCUUGAUUGUAAAUUUAGAUUAGGCUAAUUCCAAAUCCGAUAAAAUUUUAUAUGGUUCUAUUCCCCUUAGGAUAUAUUCGCCCGGUAGGAAACUGUUUAGAAUUAUUGGUUGUAGUGAACAGUUUGUUUUUUAAUUAAAAUUUUAAUGUGCUCCAGCUGAAAAAAAUUCAGGGAAAAUGCAGGAAACUAAGAUGUUGGACUUAUAGGUCCUAGGUUUUCACCUAACGUGACCGGAAGUAGACCCGGAACUCAAUAUUCGAACUCUUAGUGUAACGUCGCGUCGAUUAAUACAUGGUUUCACUAAUUUUGAGUGAAUUUUGACAAACUUUCGGUCAUAACUUGCCAAAACGAGUCAAUUGAUAUAUCACAUGUACUAUUUCUGCGACUAUAAUGUGCCAUUUCCGGUUACAACUUUUUAAGCAGAAGUACAUAUUUGUUCUCGUCUUGCAAAGGCGUGUCGACUAAUAUAUUGCUUGUACUAUUUCGGCGUCCUAAAACAGUACUUCCCAUUGCAAGUCUGGAACCAGAAGUCCUAGGUUAAAUUUCUUAUCUUUACUACCAUAUUUGGGUCAUACACUCUCAUUCAACAACUCAAUUUGUCAUUCGAUCUGUUCUAAUAACGGAGGAAUUGUAUUUACCGAGGGAUAGACAAACAUUGUUAAUUCAAGGUUUUCUCAUUUUAAUGUUGACCCCUAUUUGCAAUUGCAGACCCCUAUUUUUCAAAAUCUUUUUCUGAAUAUAAUAUCGGAAAGUAUCGUAUCUGCGUGUAGAAAAUGUAAAUAAAUUUUUUAUCUUUAUAUUAAAGAAAAAUUUUCCAGUGCAGAAAAAUAAAAAUUUGUGAAAAAUUAUUUAUAUAAAGCGUUGUCUACAAGGCAAGAUAGACGGAAGAAGUGGGCCAGGACGAGGAAGAACGUCAUGACGUAAAAACCUGAGAGAAUGGUUUAACAGAUCCUCUGCAUCCCUUUUCCGAGCUGCCGUCAACAACAUUACUAUAGCCAAUUUGAUAGCCAACGCUCGAUAAUCGAGCACGGCACAUGAAGAAGUUGUUUUUUAUGUAUGUAUAAAUAUGAUAAUAAACAAGCCUUCGAACACACUUAAAAAAUUAAAAUAGGUGUAUUAGGCGGCCCAGGUGAAUUUUUUAAAGGGGCUAUAAAAGACGUAUUUUUAAACGCUUUUAUUUAGUUCAAUAGUUUGCGUCAAAUCUUUAGACGUUAAUUUAACUGCCUUUUCUCCAAUGCAAAUUAAUGAAAAUUUGCAGACAUAUGUAUUCGAGGGAACAAUUCACGAAUAGUCAAUAAAAAAAAAUUGUUUUUAUGUUUGUUAAUUGUUUAAAUAAAAAAAAAUCGAUUUUAAUGGAAAAUGCUAAAAUUCUCUCGUUUUUUACAAUGUAAAAACUUGGAACUUUUACGGAUUAUAGCUAAUGAUAUGAACUAUACAUAAUUUCACUUUUUAAGUUAAUUGUUUACGCUAUACUUCAUAAAUAAAAAAUAAAGUUUCAAAUUUUUUGCCGAUUCCGACUACUUUUCAUGUUAGUAUAUCAUAUGCUUUAUACAUAUUUUAAUAAACAUGACGAUAUAUUUUAAUGUUUGAAAAGUGUAAGACUAAAAAGUAAAAAAUAAAAAAAUAUAAAAAAAUUUUUUUAAGAAACGCUUUUCUUUAGUUACGAGUGACUAAAAUUAAAAAUAGUAUAAAAAAAAUCAACCAAAAAGCAAAAAAAUAAAAAAAAUUGAAAAAAUCGUAACACAUUCGUUAAAGAAAAGCGUGGGGCGAAAACCGUUUAUUCGAUGAAGACCCGCCACGCUUUUCUUUGACGAAUGUAUUAGAUUUUUUCUAUUUUUUGCUUUUUGGUUGAUUUUUUUUAUACUAUUUUUAAUUUUAGUCACUCGUAACUAAAGAAAAGCGUUUCUUAAAUUUUUUUUUUAUAUUUUCUUAUUAUUUAUUCAAAUUUAUUUGUAUGAUUACAAUAUUUAAUGUAAGGUGAUUGAUAAGUAACGAUAUAAAUAUUUAUAUAAAGUUGCUGAACAGUUGUGUUAGCGAUUUAAAGAGAAAAUAUAUUUUUUUUAUUUUCUAUUGUCAUUUAUACACUAAAUUGCAAAGAAAAAUGAAUUAUGUUUUAUGUUGUUGAAUUAUGUUUUUUUCUCUUUUUAAAUAUAGACCAUAAAAAUUUAUUUUUUUAUAUUGUUUUAUAUAGUCGUUGUUUAAUCAUUGAUAAUAACUAUACAAUAAUUAUAUUAAAUUUCGAAUUUUUUACUUUUCGAUAUAUUCAAGAUAUAAAUUUGAAAAAUAGGAAAACAUCUAUUUUUUGUUUUAAACUUUUUCCUGAAUUUUGCAUAACGUUUCAGCUGCAACAUAUUAAAAUUUGACAUGCGUGAAUUGAGAGGUCAUUUCAAAGAACUUUUUACUAGACAAGGCGAAAUCGGCGGGUUCGAAGGGAAAAAUAUUCCCAUGAGAUUUUUUCGCAUAAUCACAUUCGUGAUAUAUCCCAGAAUAAGGUUCAAGAAGUCGCCCACGUGAAAAGUGGGCCAAUUUUUUUUUAACAAUUUUUUUUAAUCAAAUUGCAAGAAUUAAUAUUUUUUGCCCGAACAAUUUUUUCUUUAAUUUUUUGGACCAUUCUGGACAAAAAAGAUCUCUUAUAAUUUUUUUCUAAAAUUGAUCGUUUUCGACUUAUAAGCAAUUUAAAAUUGAAAAAAACGAAAAAUGGCGAUUUUCAAGGCUUAAUAACUCGGUUAAAAGUUAUUAUUAUGAAAGUGAAUAUAUGACUAAAUUAAAGUUUAAAGCCCCCCCUACAAGAUCCUGAAGAAGUUUUUGUCAUUAUUUUAUUACUAAGCCGUUAUUUUUAAGUAAUAAUAAUAAGCACCAUGCACGUGUGCGGCCGCUGUAAAUUCUGAGUGCGAGAGAGAAGCCAUUCCAGCAGUCCAAUUGUGCAUCUUACUCGCACUCACAUUUACAGCGGCGUCAAUACGAUCUAACAGCUCAUUGUUAUUAAUUAAAAAUAACAGGUUAGUAGUAAAUUAAUGAUACAGAUUUCUUCAGGAUCAUGUAGCGGCGACUUUAAACUUUGAUUUAGUCACUUUCUGACUUUCAUAAUAAUAAUUUUUAACCGAGUUAUUAAGUCUUAAAAAUGGCCCUUUUCGCGUUUUUCAAAUUUUAAAUUGCUUAUAACUCGAAAAAGAUCAACUUCAGAGAAAAAUUAUAACAGAGCUUUUUUGUCCAGAAUGGUCCAAAAAACCUAAAAAAAAAUAGUCCGGGCCAAAAAUAUUGAUUUUUGCAAUUUGAUUAAAAAAAAUUGUUAAAAAAAAAUUGGCCCACUUUUCACGUGGGCGACUUCUUGAACCUUAUUCUGGGAUGUCUCACGAAUGUGAUUAUGCAAAAAUAUCUCAUGGGAAUAUUUUCCCAACGAACCCGCCAUUUUCGCCUUGUCUAUACACAGUUUUGAAAAUGUUACGACGAAGCUGUAUCGCAUAAUUAUUAAUCACAAAGAAAAAAACCCUUAUUUACACAAUUGUAUUAUAUUUAUCUUCAAAUUUUACAUUAUCAUCUUUCAAAAACAAAAGAGUUUUGUCAUUUCCUAUAAACAGGUUUUCAAAAAGGUCUUUUUACAAUGUUUUUUCGCAAAUUUUCAUUUGUUCUCCCUGGAAUUUCUUUUUAGGCUGAUUAGGCAACAACUUUUAAUAGAACAUUUUUUACUCGCGAACAAUUUUGCUUUUAUUUAUUUUAUCGUAGAUUUUAUACUAUUCGGUAUAUUCAGAAUAUGUUUGAAAAAUAGGAGUAUCUAACAACUUUUUUUUGUGUUGUAAAAAUUUUCCUAAGUUUUGCACAAUUUUUUCAGCUAAAACAGAGGUCAUUUCGAAUCCUAUGGGGACAUGGUCGUAAUGAUUGUAAUUUUCAAACUCGUCUGCAUUCUUGUAUUGGUUUCCGACCAGCGAGUUUUCUACUAGAAAAUAGCAUAGUAAAAAAAUCAUGAUUUGAUCUCGCUAUGUAUUGAUUGCCACUUGUGUCAAUAUGAAGACCUUUAUUGGAUAUUACACAAUAACGGUUACACAGCAUCAUCAGAAGAUGUAUGUGCCCUUUCCUAAUCUGUCCUUGUCAAAGUAAAGUUAUGUUUUUCCGAAAACAGGACCACGGAAAAAAGUCGUGUAGUAAUUAUCAUGUGAUCAUUUCGGAAAAGAGUUAAAAAGGGCGUUUUGUUCUUAAUAGAACUGAGUUAAGGAUCAGAAAGAUGAGAACAAAACCUGAAUGGAACAUUGAUAAUAAUUAAAAUUUUAUUUAUUGACAAAACAAACUGCUUUAUUCGUUUUUGGGAUAAUUAUCACUUGUGAGAAGUUUAUCAAUUUAUUGAGAUGGUUCUGAAAUUAUUUCCUUGUGGCAUCUCUAUGUCAUCUACUGUAUUUGAUGUAUUUUCAAUUAAAGUUGUGGUUAAUUCCAGUUAAAUUUAGUAGAUAACAAUUUAUUGACAUAUGUUGAUGUAUUUUAAACAGUGCAACAAUUUUAAUCAACGGUACAUUACUUCUGAGGUUUAUAGAUCGUAAUUUGGAAAUGUUUGUCCCUGGCAUUUUGUCUAGAGUUGGACCAAAUCGAUAUUCUACUUUUCGGUGUGUUAUAAUAGACGGAGAGGCAGCGCUGAAAAAUCUCUUUGAAUUUACUAAAGCUAAAUUUUUCACAGUUGAUUACUGUGAUUGUGUAUGUAGAGAAACAUACUGCGGUCGGUCAAGCGAAACGUAGAACAGGGGUUACUGAGAGGGUAUCAAAGUUGAUUUCCUACGAAGGUAAUUAAAUCCAUUUACUGAGGCUGAAAAUCAGUACACACAUAAAUUGAAUAUAAAUAAAAGUUAUUAUAGUCGGUCAACUGUAUGACGGGACAGAGCCGGUCGGUCGGCCCCAAUGAAUGUACAGGGUUAUUCACUAUAUUUUGACCCCCUUGUAAACUGCUUUAUUUACAGAAUUAGAAAAAAAUGUAGAAUACAAAAUUUAUUCGAUUUUUUAAUUAUGCUUUUUUGACAUAUAUAUCGUACUAGUGAUAUCAUCCAUCUGGGCGUGACGACGUAAUCGACUAUUUUUUUAAAUGAGAAUAGGGGUCGUGUGCUAGCGCAUUUGAAAGGUUAUUCAAUUCUCUAUACAGUACUAUCAACAUUAAGCUCAUUAUUUAUACAGGGUGUCAAAAAAAAUUGAAAUAUUAAUUAAACAAUUAAUUUAAUUAAAAAAAUUUUUUUGGACACCCUGCAUAAUUAAACAUGUUAAUGUUUAUAUUACUGAAUAGGGAAUUGAAUAACCUUUCAAAUGAGCUAGCAUUCGACCCUUAUCCCAUUUAAAAAAAAUAGUCCAUUACGUCAUCACGCCCAAAUGGAUGACGUCACUAGUAGGAGAUAUAUGUCAAAAAAUCAUAAUUUAAAAAUCGAAUAACUUUUGUAUUUUAUAUUUUUUCUAAUUCUGUAAAUAAAGCAGUUUACAAGGGGGUCAAAAUAUAGUGAAUAACCCUGUACAUUCACUGGGGCCGGCCGACCGGUUCUGUCCUGUCAUACAGCUGACCGACUAUAAUAACUUUUAUUUAUAUUUAAUUUAGAAUGUGUGCACUGCUUUUCAGCCUUAGUAAAUGCAUUUAAUUACCUUCGUAGGAAAGCAACUUUGAUACCCUCUCAGUAGCCCCUGUUCUACGUUUCGCUUGACCAACCGCAGUAUGUUUCUCUACACAAUCACAGUAAUCAACUGUGAAAAAUGUAGCUUUAGUAAAUUCAAAGAGAUUUUUUAGCGCUGCCUCUUGGUCUAUACGGAUGAGAUCAGCAUUCUGUUUAGAUUCAGACCCUCUUCUUUACGAUUAAAGGUUAUGGAGUGCUGAUGGAUAGUAGGGUGAUGACUUAUAACCACGUUUAGUUCUUCUAUUAACAUUUGUGUCUUGACCUUAACCAACACAAAUUAUUUAGUUAUAAUAAUGCGAUACACCCAAGUGCGUCAUGCAAUAAAUAUGUAUGCUUUUUUUAUUAUGAAAUUCGCAUAAUGAUUAAAGAUAACGGAACCUAAACAAUUAUAAAUUAUCGUACUUAAUUAUGACUAUAACGUAUCUCCUCAUUGUCAACAAAUUAUGCUUUCAUUUGAUUUUUAAUUAUCAUUAAAAAUAUUUUUAUAAAUAAGAUUAAUUCAAUGUAAGCUCAAAUCUGUACUCAUCUGUUUUUUUUUUGUUUAAAAGUUACUUCUGUUUAUUUUUAUCUUGAUCUAUAAGUGUAUUUAGAACCCAUUUUUUUAAACCAUUUCGUUUGUUUGCCUCCUAAAUAUACCGGGGGACUGAAAAGUUCUUUACCUGAAAGUGAAAACCACUUUACUGAAAGUGAACAAAAAUGUUCCAAUGUCAUUUUCAUUCUCUGUGAUGUUCCUCUGAAAGUUCUGCGAACUACUCAUGUAAAGCGAUAGUGUAAAAAGGUCUUCACAUAGGGGAGCCAAAUCUGGGCAAAGGGUGAAUUUUCCUGUCUUUCAUAGACCAGUUAACGCAUUCUUCGGAUUGACAAGGAUCUCAGUGGCCUUGCUACGUUUUGUAGGCCGACGCAUGGUCGUGAUGGAAAAGGAUAUUUUCCUUUAAUUCUGUCUUAUUUUCACAAUGAUUGCAUACAGUUUCAUUCGAAAUUGUGGAUAGCAUUCUUCGUUGAAGAUUUUCUAUUUUUGGGAAUAAAUUACAAUGAUUGUGAUUAUAAUUAGGUAUAUGCGCUUUUUUUUUGAUAUUUCGACUUUUAGUCCGAAUAUCGGUUUUAAAAAUUAUUUUUAAUAUAAAAUUUUUGAACGCAUUAGCCAAGUAGUGUACUUCUACAGUUAGAAGAAUUGAAAGUUGUUGUUGUAUCGUAGAUAUAUUAAUACCUCAUUAAUGAUAGUAUUUUCUUGUUACUGACCUCUUCUUUAAGUAUUUCCAGGCAAAUAUUACUGCAAAUUAAAGAACUGUAUUUUAUAACUGCAGUUCUUUGAUCUUUCUUGUUACUGACCUCUUCUUUAAGUAUUUCUAGGCAAAUCUUACUGCAAAUUAAAGAAUUGUAUUUUAUAACUACAGUUCUUUGAUCUUUGUAGUUCAUUGUUAAGUUUUUUUAUAAAUACAGUUAUUUUAUCUUUCUUGUUCAUUGUUAGGUUUCGUUUUGGAUAAAAUAGACCUCAGUAUGUUACAUGUUAAUUUUAUUCUAAAGUUUUAUUGAUUUCCCAUCCUUUUUAGUUUUUCUGAAAAGCCUUUAUGUAUUGCUAUUCUCUUCGAAUCAUUUCUUAUGGUUAAGGAUGUUUGUUUAUGUUUCAUUUCUUCUAUUUUCUAAUAAGAAAUAGAAAAAGGGAAAGUAUUUCUAGUAAGUAUUUACAACAAUUUCCACAAGAAAAUAGUUUGAAAUCCAUAUUAGUAUUCUCUGGUUCUACAUUUUUCAAGGUGUGUAAAGUGAUCCCCUUAAUUGCGCCAAACAACUAUUUACAGUCAACUGCUGUGUUGAAUGACAUAUUUUUCAAAAUCUCAGAUGGGCAGUAUUAAAAAGUAUUUACUAGAUUUUGCCGCAAUUUACCAAAUAAAGAUUUUACGAAUCACGAAAUAUGAACCGAGGAAGCAGUAAUUUUUUGGUCACAUUUGGAAUGAGAUGCGAUCAGUUAGUUGUGAUAUUGUCGAAUAAGAAACAUACACAUAGUUUCAAAAGUUAUGCAUCACCCCUCGUAUUCACGAUGCUUACGCUUUUAUAAAUCCGUAUCUUUAUCACAUAUUUAAUGGGUCUUUUUUAUAAAAGAUAUACCAUUUUUGGUUUUUUAUUUUAUUUGAUUACCCAUUUAAUUGACCUGGUUUUGCCAAGGUGUAAACAUUUGAAAAAUUUAUUUUGGUGAAAUUUUUGAAAACGCGACUAAAAAUGAAACUUACUUUAAUUUCUGAGUUGGACCGUAUAAGAAUUAUCGAUUUAGUUGAAGAAGGCAAUUCACAGCGGUUCGUGGAGGAAAGAGUGGGUGUUUCUCAGAGUGAUGUCUCACGGAUAUGAAAUAGGUUUCUGGAGACAAACUCGAUGCGGAAUAGAGCUCAGUCUGGUAGACCCCGAGUUACCAAUGAUCGACAGCAUGGAUAUAUCAGAAUUUCCAUCCGUAGAAAUUCUUCUGUGUCUGUACCAGCCCUCCAAAGAGAAUUCAGGAUGCUACAGGAGUCAGAGUAUCGUUGGCUACAAUAAGAAGAAGAAUUUCAGACUCAGGUUUGAGGAGUCGUCGACCAAUAAGAGUUCCUCAGCUACAGCCUAAACAUAUUUUGGACCACCUCCAGUGGGCUCAAGAACACAUAGAGCUCUCCCAACUGUUUUGGAAUUUUGUGCUUUUUUCAGACGAGACCAGAAUCUGUUUAAAUAGUGAUAACCGGCGAAUUUGUGUGUGGCGAGAGCCAACAAGAGCUGCACAACUAGCCACACACGAAUUCGCUGGUUAUCACUAUUUAAACAGAUUCUGGUCUCAUUUGAAAAAAGCACAAAACUCCAAAACAGUUGGGGAGCUCUAUGGGUUCUUUAGCCCACUGGAGGCGGUCCAAAACAUGUCUAGGUUGUAGCUGAGGAACUCUUAUUGGUCGACGACUCCUCAAACGGAGUCUGAAAUUCUUCUUCUUAUUGUAGCCAACGAUACUCUGACUCCUGUAGCAUGCCUGAAUUCUCUUUGGAGGGCUGGUACAGACAUAGAAGAAUUUCUACGGAUGGAAAUUCUGAUAUAUCUAUUCUGUCGAUCAUUGGUAACUCGGGGUCUACCAGACCGAGCUCUAUUCCGUAUCGAGUUUGUCUCCAGGAACCUAUUCCAUAUCCGUGAGACAUCACUCUGAUAAACACCCACUCUAUCCUCCGCGAACCGCUGUGAAUGGCCUUCUUCAACUAAAUCGAUAAUUCUUAUACGGUCCAACUCAGAAAUUAAAGUACGAUUCAUUUUUAAUCACGUUUUCAAAAAUUUCACCAGAAUAAAUUUUUCAAAUGUUUACACCUUGGCAAGACGAGGUCAAUUAAAUGUGUUAUCAAAUAAAAUAAAAAACCAAAAAAGGUAUAUUUUUUAUAAAAAAAGGCCCAUUAAAUAUGUAAUAAAGAUACGGAUUUAGAAAAGCGUAAACAUCGUGAAUACGAGGGGUGAUGCAUAACUUUUGAAACUAUGUGUAUUAUAGCGCUAUAUCUAAAUAUAAAGUAUGUACUUUUAUAAAACUAAAAAACUUUUUUACAGAACAUUAAAUUAAUUCUUUUUAAUUGUUGAUAAGAGAAAAACACUCUAUAAAUCGAUUUUGUGUCUGGUUUUUCUCCUCUUGGUUGUCUUCCAAACGAUUUUGGUUUUUAAGGGCUAUAGCAUCGAAAUCGGCUAAUAAUUGCAGAUGGAGUUCAAAUUAAAACUUAAUCAUUUGAUUGUAUGUUAAAAGAGGAAUAAUUGUUCAUUCCCUUACUAAAGUCCAAACUCUAGGAAUACGUUAUCUCCAUCAGUUCAUUUCUUCCACUUUUCCAGUUUUUUACCCUACAACGCCCUCUUCUUUGUAUAACUUGUACAAAAUUUAGAAAAUUAUAAGAAGUGUAUAUGUUGGAUUUAUGUUUAAUUAUUUAAAUUUAUAUAUAAAUAGAGGCAACGCGUAAAUUAAUUCAAAGUAUAGCUAUAAAGGAUCUUUCCGAAUACAUAUAAAUCAUUAUUCAUUGCUGGUUAUGUUUGGAAAGGUAUCUUCUUAGUGUGUCUGCCUGUUAGUGAAUUAAAACUGGAUAUAAAAUGAUCAAAGGGAAAUAAUUCGAUGGAGUAUUUAUAAAUACGAAAAAGAAAAUCUUAGUUUUUAUAUGUAUCUACUUUCCGGGUGGUCGUUGUAACCUACAUUGGUAUUUGUGUAAUAAAAUAAUUUUAAGGGUAAUUUUAUUCAUCUUACUACAACGCUACUAGUCUACUAUUGAAAAAAAGAUAAGGUAGGAUUGUUUUUAUGUAAUACCACAGUAUAAUGCUAAAGAAUCAGUAAGGUUACUCUGCGAACAUCCUUUGUUCUCUAUGUUCCAUUUUGGCUACGGCGCAUAAAAAUUUUAGUCCUUUGCGCAGAUGAAUGACAGUUAAGGGCAUCCAAGUUUGCCGUGAUUGGUCGGUAUCGUCGCGCAUUUGCCGUGAUUUGUCCUUAUCGACGCGUAUUCAAAAUUUUGUCUCGGGAGUGAAUUGAAAAAUUGGAACCGUCAAAAUUCGAGAGUGAAUUAACUGAUUCUUUGGCAUUAAACUGUGGUAAUACUUCAAGGUUAUCACGUCUGACAUUUGUUUAUAAAAAGAGCGUGUGACUAUAGUAUAAUAGAGCGACUUAUUUUGUGAGGCGCCCUCUUAGUUGAAAUAGAAUCAGGUAUUCCUACAACAGUUCAUUGUAAUUUUUUAUAUAUUUAUUUUUUUAUUUUACAAUAACUCAUUGAGAUUUUCAAAGGAAUAGAUAAAAACGCUGAAAACUGCUGUCCUAAACCUAUUUCCUUAUGGAAUCUUUUUUAUAAUGGUGGAAAACUACAAUUUUCAAAUACAUAAUCGCUUUUUUGACAUUUUAGCUUCCUGAUCUAUUUUAUUUUUUAUCAUAGCUACAUAAUCAUACCAUGCAUUUUGUCGAUGAUUUCCAUUAUUGUUGCAGUUUUGAACGUACUUCGUAUUGGUCAUCUUACACACUUUCACGACCAUCUUUAAACUACUAUAGUUAACUGCUGGCACCUCUUAACUCGUUCCAACUUAACGGGAAAAAGACAAGAGAAGUAGUACUAUUUCUAGACGGGGCCGAGAACUUGUCAGGCCAUAUUAGCCUCUUUUUUAUUUAUCUUCUACACUAUAAGAAAUCCCCACAAAAAAUCGCCGGACAAAUAAUCCCUGGAUAAAAAAUCCCGGACAAAUAAUCCCCACAAAUUUUUUUGGACAAAAUAUCCCCACAAAAAAUUCCGGACAAAAAAUCCCCAAGAAAUAUUUGCUGCCGAAUAGUUCUAUAAAAGUUUUCCCGUGAAUGCAAUCGCCAUGAAACCGCUUUUCGGCACGAAAAUAAUGAUUUCCAAUUAAGAUUAAGCAUGAAAUGUAAUUUCGAUUACCAAAUUUCGAAUUCUAAUUCCAUGCUGAAAAUUUCAAAUUUUACAUGACAAAACAGUGUGAGUUUUUUCAAAAGUCGUGGAACAUAUGGGGAAUGAGCUAAGGCUAUGGGAAUAAUGUUGUAAUUAUUCGCUUAAAUCUUUUGGUCACUCAGCUUUUAAUAACCAUGUUCAAAACAUUGCCUAUUCGUGAUUAUAACUUCGGUCCUGAAAAGGAUAAUAUUGAUUGUAAUGCAAAAAAACCUGUUCCUUUUUGUAAAGGACACCGCGCACAUCUUAUAGAAAAUAUAAUGUCACUCAAAUGGAAUCAAAUUGCUCUACUACUAAAUAUCAUUGCGUCAAGUCUGAAUUUUUUAUAAUAACGGAGUAAAUUGUAAAUUUCGAUAAACUUUAAUUUCAAUUUACGCCGUUAUUAUAAUUAUCGGCAUGGAAUUGGUAUUCGGUAAUCGAAAUUACAAUUCAUGCUUAAUCAUUAUUGCUAAUCAUUAUUUUCGUGGCGAAAAGCGGUUUCAUGGCGAUUGGAAAACUUAGAGAACUAUUCGACAGCAAAUAUUUCUUGGGGAUUAUUUUUUCAGGAAUAAUUUGUGGGGAUUAUUUGUCCGAACCCCUUAACUGGAUGUUAUAGGAAAAUAUUUAACUUUGAACUGAAAUUUAUCGGUGCUGGAUCAUUGUUUCUUUUUUGUACUGUUAGCAUUAAACCUACAAUUUCCGAAUGUUUGUUGUUUAGCACUCGCAAACUACAUGUUUUUGUUAUUUAUUGGAUUAUUUAAAAGUAUAUUAUUAUUAAAUAUAGUGAAAAAUUCUAUUAUUUUUUAUGAUAGGUAUGAAUGUAUCAGACAUGUACUUGUAAAUCCGUACUAAGAAUAAACUUUUUAUAAAUUUA